ACGAUGGACAGCAACGUGGUGCAGAUUUUUAAGGAGGACAAAUGCCCCUCAUCACACCCCGAGAAGUGUUUACCCAACUUCACAUGGCAAUCUGUUGUCUCGGACAUUUAUAACUAUUCACUGAAUGAAAGCUGGACGAACGAGCAGGAAACUAUGUCUCCUAUUAUUCCGAUCAUCACUGCCGUGUAUUCCGUGGUGUUUGUUGUAGGACUAGUGGGAAACUGCCUGGUGAUGUAUGUCAUUAUCAGAUACACUAAAAUGAAAACCGCCACAAACAUCUACAUCUUCAACCUGGCUGUUGCAGAUGCCUUGGUAACCACCACCAUGCCCUUUCAAAGCACAGAUUAUCUGCUGAACUCCUGGCCGUUUGGAGAGGUGGUGUGUAAGGUGUUCAUCUCCAUCGACUACUAUAACAUGUUUACUAGUAUCUUCACCUUGACCAUGAUGAGUGUGGACCGCUAUGUGGCCGUCUGCCACCCCAUCAAGGCCCUGGACUUCCGGACACCCAUGAAAGCUAAGAUCAUAAACAUCCUCAUCUGGGUGCUGUCCUCGGCUGCUGGAAUCCCUGCAAUGGUUCUUGGGAGCACUCAAACAAACAAUGGCACUACAGAAUGUGCUCUGCAGUUUCCAGACCCGUAUAUCUACUGGGACACAUUGAUGAAGAUCUGCGUCUUCAUCUUUGGCUUUGUGGCUCCUCUCCUCAUCAUCACGGUGUGCUACACGCUCAUGGUCCUGCGUCUCAAGAGCGUACGUCUGCUGUCGGGCUCCCGGGAGAAAGACCGCAACCUGAGACGCAUCACCCGUCUAGUGCUGGUUGUGGUGGCUGUGUUUGUGGUGUGCUGGACGCCCAUACACAUCUUCAUCCUAGUCAAAGCUCUUGCGCCCGGAGUGCCGGAGACCACUGCGGUCAUGGCGGCCUACUUCUUCUGUGUGGCGCUGGGAUACACCAACAGCAGCCUGAACCCCAUCCUGUAUGCGUUCCUUGAUGAGAACUUCAAACGUUGCUUCAGGGACUUCUGCUGUCCAGGUCGGACCCUGAGGGACGGGCAUGGCGUCAGUCGGGUCAGAAGCACUCUUCGUGAGCACACGUGCCCAGCAGAGGCCAAAGGGGACGGGGGGCAAGGUCGACCUGUAUGACUAGCCGUGGAGCUGUCUUCCUUUCAUGGUCGAGAGGACUCAAAUGAUCUGGGACUGACACAGAUCACCACCGCCAUCUGAGGAAGAGAUUGUGCCCUUUACGUUUAGAAAAAUGGGCUAACUAUUGCUAGAGCAAAAGGGGAUCUUUUAGCAAAAUCAUUGUUUUGUUUUGUAUGUCCAUAUUCAGAUUUUUAUAGUACACUACAAAAAUAAAUUACUAUAAAACUUUAAACUUUUAUGUUUAAAGUAAAAACCCAUAUAUGAUAUUUUACUAACUGAUAUCAUGUUAAAACACCAACCUACUGAAAUUUUAAAAUAUGUUUUAUGCUUUUAUAAUAUGUUGACAACCACCAAAAACACAAGUGUUCAUGAGAAAGCCACACGUUGAAUCAAAGCUCAUCACAACCUUUCCACAAGGGGUUAAUAUUAAUAUACAGAAGAUAUACAUUAAUAUUCAUGACUAUAAAAUAAUGCAGUAAAGUCCUAGUGUACAUAACUGAUAAGAAAAAACUAAGAAGAAACAGUUAUUUCAAUCAAAAGCCUUCAAAUGCGAAGUGUCACGCAGGGUAUUCUGGGAAUGGCAAUUUACGUUUUUUCACUACAAAUGAUAGGAUCACUUGUUCUUUUUCACUUCCAAAAACUGUAAAUUUAUUAAUGUCCCAUUAUCACAGUUUUUCCUGGUAUAUAGUAAGGGAAUUACCAUUAACAAAUCACUGGGUUUUUACUGUCUUUUUACAGUCUUUUUCCAUUCAAAUAUGAUCUUUUUUUUUUUUUUUUUAACUACAGUGCAUCACCUCAUUCAAAUCUUUGUUUAUUGCUUUUUUGAAUGUCCAUUGACCAAAGAUGAUGUAUGAUUCAAAUCUGGUCCCUCACAAUCAAACGUCAUGCUUAAAGAUCCUUUUGCGUAAUACGUCCUUUGGGAUAUAUAAUAUAUUAGGCACCAUAUUUUAAUUCUAACUUACAGUUUCGCUUGAGUAGACAUGAUGAAAAAUAGUGUAGCCAAAAACAGCAAACAAAAACACUGUAUGUAUGCAUCUGUUUGUACUGUAAAUACUGUACAUAAACUUGUAUUUUGCAUUGUAAAACAAUCCUGCUAUAUAUAUAUAUAUAUAUAUAUAUAUAUAUAUAUAAAUCCAUGUAUAUUAAUCAGCAGUGUCACAUAAUUAUCACUCAGGAAACUAGUAUAUACCUGUAAUGGUGGAAAAGUGAAAAAAAAAAAAAAAUGUAAUCUACAGCAGUUUGAGCAAAGUGAGUGUAGUGCUUUCAGAACUGCUUACUGUCUAAGUGCUUUAUAUUCUCUGUAUUUGAUUUAGAUCGAAGGAUUACGUCUGAAAAGGAUUAUGAAUGAUUAUGUAUGAAGGAUUAUGUAUCUAAGUUGCCUUAGAGGGAGUCUAAGGAUUUUUAUGUUGUUUUUGGGAAUAGGGCUUUAAAACAACCAACUAAAGGACUGAAUCUACUUAGUCAGGUUGUUCGUGCUUAAUACAGUGUAUUAUCAUUUCUCUAGACCAACAAAAAAGAUGUACAUCUCUAUUGCAUGUUUGACAAUGAAAAUGUGGGAAUCUCUGAGUAACGAUGAAAAGAAAAUACAAAAUAAUUUCUGUGGUAACGUAGAAAACAGUUCAAACGUGCAUCGUUUUUGAUAUUAUUGAUGUAACAGUUGAUUUUUGUAAGUAUUUGUAAUGUUGCCUUUAGGUUGUGAAGGCAAUAUAUAUAUAUUGUCUUGACGUUCGUAAAAAUGUAAUCUUUUACUGUAGUUUUGUUCCUUGGGUGUGUGUGACUAAGAUUCACUCAUCAAAUAUAUAUUAUGAAAUCAUUAGUGCUCUAUUGCCACAACAGUAUUAGGAAUGGCAAAAUUCUUUUGAAAAAUGUAAUGCCCUUUGUGCCUUUGGUUUUUUGUAAAUCAAUAUAUAUAUGACAUUAUUGCAAAUAUUUGGUCAUCUUAGAUGCUUUAUGGUGUUAUAGGACUAUGAAGUGCAGGCAGAGUGAGAGAAGCUUCUGUAAGUUCCACUGUAUUUUCAGUAAUGUGCUUAUACACUAUUAUAUCACGGCGCUUUUUGAAUGUGUUAGCAAGUUUUCUUUCUCAGCUUGUGUUUCAAUAUGUGGAAUUUAAAAAUAAAAAUAAAAUCAUUUGAAAUAAAAUGAAAUGAGCUUUGCUAUGCCAUCAGUUGUACCUUGCUUGUAUAAUAUUACCUGUAU